UUCAGUUGAACGACGCACUCGCAGCGAACCGAUCGCAGAACCGGAACAUAAUAGAGUCUGUAAAAAGCCGAUACAAGCUACUAAACAAUCAGUGACAUCAUGUGCAAAAGUGUGAUUAUCUGCCUGGCCAUCGCGGCCUGCUUCUCGACGGUGUUGGGCCAAAGUUCCCCAAGUUCCUGUUCCUCUGCAACCGGUAUUAGCUUCAACAACACGGAUUUCGCUGGCAAGUGGCUCGAGUUGGCCCGCAAUCCCGCCUCGAAUGUGUCCUGCAUCACCCUAAACUUGGCCUUCUGGAACUACAACAACCUGCUGGUGAAUGUGAGUCAUUCGAGCAGCAACGUCUCCACUCUGGUGGACGUCUAUGAAACUGCGAACAUCACCCUGGUGGCGAACCAGGUGACCGGAUACAAUGUGUCCUUUAUCAAUGGCCAGAAGAAUGAGACGGUCUUCGUGAAGCUGCUGGACUACGUGAACUCCACCUACCUGAUUGGAUGCAGCUACGAUCCCAACAAUGUUUCGAAGAGCGCUGGAUUUAUUCUGGGCCGAUCUUCCUACACGCCUGAGGGCAUCAAAAUUGCUAACAAUGAUGCCUCCACAAAGUUCUCCAACUUCCAGAACAACACCUUUGGCAAUGUCACGCAGUUGGAUUGUCGAGCCAGCUCUGCCGGACAGACCGCGCCCCUGACCCUGAUUUCUGGCUUCCUGGCCCUUGCCCUGCUGAUGUUGAAGGCCUAGAGAAGGAGCUGUAACCCACUGCUUUGACUAGCCAACACCAUCCACCAUAAAAACGAUAAAUAACCCAACCAAACCAAAACACUUGCCUAAGUUAUUGCGUCAUUCUCUUUAUUUAGUUUUUAGUUGUCUUUAAACGAGCCAAGGCAAAACGAUGUCAAUAAAAGUAAACCGAAGUGGGUGAGGGUCUGUGAGAAAGAAAAGGCCCACUGAAAAGAACACAACUCGAUAAAGGUGUAGAGACAAAAUCAGGUGUCUCAAUACUCUGGUGCAAUCAGUGCUUUAAUUUGCUGGCAACUUGUUCGACGGCAUGCGUGAUAAGAUAAACGCAGACGAUAACAAAAUAUAUGACUGUGCCACCACCAA